AUGGGUUCUGCUUUAAGUUCAUACAAAUCCAAAAGAAGAGAUAAGAAAGAAUACAAGAGGAAACUGAGAGAGCAACUGAAAGAAGCACAAGAACACAUAGCUCGUCUCCAGGCACAACUUCAGUGUGAAAAUGAAUUACUUGAGGCCUUUCAAAGGUCACGAAUCGCCCCCAACGUAGGGCCUGGAACACAGAAAUAUCAAGCAGCCACUGAAAUGAUGAAAGAAGUUGAAGCUUUGGAGCGAAAGCUUUUCUUUGAGCAAGUUGCUCUGAAUGUUACAGAAAAUAGAUGUGACUUUCUGGAUAACAACUACCGUCUUCUUCACGACAAUGAGACGAACCUUUACUGGCAGAAGUCAUCCUGUCAAACAAACCUGGAGGCCUUGAAAAAGAAACAAGAGGCCAUUCAGUUCAGUCGAUUCAAAGACGAGAAUCCGCUGGAACAGUGGGUCGUCUGCUCGCUUCCAAAUCUUUACUUCGGAAGAGCUGAAACCCUAUCAUCAUGGCAUUAGUGUUCUCUUAGUUUAAAAAAUUGAAAAUGAAAACAGUGUACUGCCUUUUUUUUCUUAGAUAUUCUGAAUGUAAACAUUUGUACUAUGCCGUAGCUGAAUCUUCUAGGCAUAUGAUGC